GGCGGGCGAAGCGGAGCGGCUCUGAACCAUGCUAGUGAGUUGUGGGUCCGUCUGUGACGAGGCCCAGCUUUGCGUAACCGCAGGUCGAGCAGGCGCUGCGUGGGGUCGUUGCUACAGGUCGGAAACUACAUUUCCCAGCAUCCUCGCGGCGCCAGAACUACCUUGCCCGAAAGCCUGAGCGUGAUUCGUCCAGCCUUUGGCUUCCUCCCACCGGCUGGGAAACUGAGGAUAUGUGGAGCCGCUAUGUCUGGCGGCUCUUGCGCUCCGAGAGUCGCGGGGUCCGCCGGGUUUCAACCCCCCGCGGGCGUUUCUCGCCGGCCUUGCGGAGAGACUUCUUCACCACCACAACCAAGGAAGGACAUGAUAUGAGGCGAGUGGACAUAACUCCUUUAGAACAAAGGAAAUUAACUUUUGAUACCCAUGCAUUGGUUCAGGACUUGGAAACUCAUGGAUUUGACAAAGCACAAGCAGAAACAAUUGUAUCAGCAUUAAGCACUUUAUCAAAUGUCAGCUUGGAUACUAUUUAUAAGGAGAUGGUCACUCAGGCUCAACAGGAAAUAACAGUGCAGCAGCUAAUGGCCCAUUUGGACUCCAUCAGGAAGGACAUGGUCAUCCUCGAGAAGAGUGAAUUUGCGAAUCUGAGAGCAGAGAACGAGAAAAUGAAAAGUGAAUUAGAACAAGUUAAGCAGCAAUUAAUAAAUGAAACCACUCGUAUCAGAGCAGAUAAUAAACUGGACAUCAACUUAGAAAGGAGCAGAGUAACAGAUAUGUUUACAGAUCAAGAAAAGAAACUUAUGGAAGCAACCACAGAAUUUACCAGAAAGGAUACGAAAACCAGAAGUAUUAUUUCAGAGACGAGUAAUAAAAUUGACACUGAAAUAGCUUCUUUAAAAACACUAAUGGAAUCUAACAAGCUUGAGACAAUUCGUUAUCUUGCAGCCUCAGUGUUUACUUGCCUGGCAAUAGCAUUAGGAUUUUAUAGAAUCUGGAAAUAGCAAUGAAACGACUAUAUGAUGCUCCUACUGCUGCUUCUAUUGACUUCUUAAAACACUGCACCAGGAUAGAUUUACUUUGGACAUUGAAAGUUGAAGCAAAACUUAAUACAAGAUUAUCUGAAGUACAUAUGGACUAAAAACAUGUUUUAGAAGAUGUAUUUUGUCUUUGUUUUUUAUGUCCUUAUUUUAUUAUGUUGAAAAGCUGCCAUUCAAAACCUGGUUAAUUUGAGAUAGAAGGGCCUUUUGUUUUUAUCCUUUUGAUAGUGUAUAGAAAGUGAACUAGAAUUUUCUUGUGUUUGCUUGAACAGUUGUGUAAAUCAUAGGAUUUCUUUGGUAUCUGCUGCUUAAAGUGACUUACCAUAUAGCUGGAGAUUGUUUUGUAAUAAACAAUUUAAAACAAUAAA